AUGUCAAACCAGAUUGGAAAGGCGGGACUAGGGUUUGCCCGUGUGUGGCACCACGUGGACCUCUCGAACGAGCAGCGGACGUUGGGUCGUUUGGCCUCGCAGAUCGCCAUAGCGUUGAUCGGGAAGCACAAGCCGAUCACACACAUCACCGAGGACGCCGGGGACUACGUGGUGGUCUCGAAUUGCCAGUACUUGAAGGUGACCGGGAAGAAGAUCUCGGACAAGACGUACUGGAGCCACACCACGAGACCGGGGUCGGGAAUGGCGACCCCGAUGGACAAGAUCAUCCGGGACUACGGCUACGGCGAGGUGCUGAGAAGAGCCGUGAGCAGAAUGCUGCCUAAGAACAGAUACAGAAAGGAGAGACUGGCGAGGUUGAAGGUGUUUGACGGCGCCCAGCACCCGUACCAGCAGAACAUCAUUGCCUGGGCGGACGAGUACCCGCAGGUGGAAAAGGCCCUCGAGGAGAGCAUCACGAGAGAGAAGCAGCUGCAAGAGUUCAACAAGCUUCUCCAAGAGAAGAAGCUAUAG